AUGUAUGAUGUCGACUACUCUAUGGCUGAUGAUUUCAAAUGGGGAAAGGAUUUAGGAUGUGAUUUUUUAAUGAAAAGCUGUUAUGAAUACAUAAAGAUACAAAAAUCAAGAAAAAAGGAUAUCCAACCUUUCUGUGACACUCCAAAUGUAAAACGUUGCACAAAUUAUGAAAAUGCAUAUGGAUUUUGUUCGCUGUACAAAUACAAUCAAAAUCUACCUCAUGAAUACCAGUACAUGGAUGAUAUGUUUAACGUCUCUUCAAACCAGAGGGAGUUCUACGGAGGAUGGGAUCUGAUGGAUUAUUGUCCAUACCUUCAGAUGUUUGGCUACUCCAAUAAACUGACAUCAGUUUGCAGAUCAGAAACACCAAAAAAUAUAGGCAUGCAGUCUAAUAAAUACCUUGAAGACUAUGGUCCAGACUCAGUAUGCUUCGACCAUGGAAUUUGGUUAGACAGAAAUCAAAAAGGGGAAAUAACUGAACAUUCCAAGGGAUGUUCUUGUCAUAAAGAGGAAGCAAAGAAACACUUUGGUUGCAACGAAAUAGAUGGAAUUGAAUUACAGAAUGGCCAUUUUAGUCAUAGGAUACUUGGAAAAUCAUCUAGUUGUAUUCAUUCUCAUGAGAAGAGGAAUGAAUCAGAUAGUGAGAAGGAACAACUUUUGGCAAUGUUACCACUGUAUAUCGAAAUUCAACCAUGUGAUUGUCCUUUAACAACUGUUGAGAAACGUGAAAUUAAUUUUCGUAGAAAAUGA